CCCCAGACAAAUGGGUUGGUAGAGAGACUCAACUCUAGCAUUCAGAGAGCCCUGGGGAAGCUCGUGAAAGACAAGGCGAACGAUUGGGAUGAUUAUUUGGACGCAGUUAUGUUCGGCCUACGCACCAAAAAACAAAUCACCACAAAAUGUUCACCAUACUUCCUCAUGUUCGGAAGGGAGGCGCGAUACCCUUCUGAGGUUGCAGAGAACUUCCAGGUUGAUAAGUCUUUUGAGGAGCUAUACACAGAGGAAGAAGUGAUGUUUGAUCUACAACGGCAGGAGAAAAUAUUAGCCAUUGUACAAAAAAAUCAAGAAAAGGCUCAUCAAAGAACCCAGGCAGCAAAAAACAGGCCUAAAACUCAAUUUCUGCAGGUGGGGGACAUGGUGUGGCGGCGAAAUGUCCGAAGUCAGCAAAGAAAAGGGGGAAAGCUUGACCCUGACUUCCUUGGUCCAUUUUGCAUGACAAAAAUUCAGGGGAAAAGUAUUGACCUUGUCAGCACAGAUGGAAAGCCUGUGUAUAAGGUCAAUGCUGAUCAUUCAAGAAAAUAUGUGGAGGAAGGCCCUAGAAUACCAGCCAAAUUGAGGACAUGCUCCACAGAUUCCCCUGCUGAAGCCACUCCAAAUACAGCCUCACCUGCCACCACAGCAGUUGAAGAUUCUUCUGCACCUGCCACAGCCAUCACCCCAAACACCAGUGAGACCACCUCAGCCACCUCUGGGUCUACCAAAAGAGGAAUGACACCUGCCCGAGGAUCCCAUGGAAUCCCUGCCAUCUCACAUAAUCCAGAGCAAUAUAUCAAAGAAGCUUGGGGAGGACAGGAUUGUCACAUUCUUCUGUCCAAAAUUGGACGAUACAAAUUGUGGUAUUGGGACAUCAAUCGCACAGGGCCCAACAAGGAACUUGAAAGCGAGGUCAUCAAUGCAUACCUACAUAAACUAGUCGAGUGCUACAACAGCCGAGGAGGGAAACAAGCUGCAUACAUUGAUUCAUUUGCCAUGACAAUGAUGUGGCAAGGAAAAAAAACACGAGUGAAACUGGAUCCCAAUUCAUUUUUUGUUGUUUUGGGAACUGUCUAUGAGCCUGGCCACUGGUUUUUUUUACAUAUGCUGAAAAGGUGUUGGCAGAGGAAGCACCCAUUUUUGAUAAUUCUGACCAGGCAGUGGAGGCAUAUCGGAUGGAUGUUGCAAAAACGCUCCUCAAGGAAACUGAUGAUCUCAGUGAGCUCUGCCACUGCUGCGGAGAGGAGGAGAUUGGUGGGAGCCCCAAAAGUGAUACCACUGACUGGAUCCAGUGCGAGCGGUGCGGGCGAUGGUACCACAGCUUGUGUGUGGGAAACCCCAAGGAGGAGGGUUGUGAUGCAUGCCAGGAACAUACCAUGUUAAUUUCUGUAUUAGAAAAUAAGUUAUGAUUGUAUGUUGCAUUUGAAUUCCAAAAUUUAUUGUAAAAAAAAAAGGUUUCUGUUUAGCUCUGUUUCUGCUUAGUUUAGUUUGAUGGUUAGGGUAUA